AUGGCCGACUCGAAGCGAGUAACGGUUGAUGAAGAGAAGCUGCCCGAUGAGGAGAGGGCGCCCAAAAUCGAGAUACCAGAGCUGACAUGGUGGAGAGAUCCGGGCCUGCGAAAACUCUACUGCAUGAUGCCCAUCUUGUUCCUCGGAUCGACCAUCAACGGCUAUGACGGUAGUCUCUUGAACGGGUUGCAGACUAUGGAUCCAUGGCAAGAAUACUUUGAUCAUCCGACAUCGGCCAGGCUGGGUCUAUUCACCGCUAUCCAGAACAUCGGUUCAUUCGUUGCCCUUUUCUUCUCUUCGUAUGCGGCAGACAUGCUGGGCCGCAAGAUCGGCGUCGUCAUCGGCUUGAUCGUCCUCCUGGUCGGCACCGUCAUUCAGGUCGUACCCUCUGUCAACUCUGGCAUGUUCAUCGGUGGCCGUUUUCUGGUCGGCUUCGGCUCGAACCUUUCACAAGGGUCUGCCCCUCUGCUUGUCAUGGAGCUCGCUUACCCCACCCACCGCGGCAAGCUCACCACAAUGUACAACACUCUAUGGUAUGUCGGCUCGAUUGUGGCAGCUUGGACUGUGUACGGCACGGUCAAAUACACCAGCGAUGCUGCGUGGAGGAUCCCCGUCGGCGUACAGGCCGCCAUGCCUGUCAUGCAGCUCAUUGGGAUAUGGUUCCUGCCCGAAAGUCCGCGUUGGCUAUGCGCCAAGGACAGGACCAGCGAGGCAUUCGAGGUGUUGUCGAAGUACCACGCCAACGGCGACACGCACUCCGUCUUCAUCGAGCAAGAGCUCUCCGAGAUCCAAGAAACGAUCCGGCUCGAGCAGCAAAGCGCCCAAAACGGCUGGGCGGACCUGGUGCGCACGCCGGGCAACCGCAAGCGGGUGCUGCUCAUCCUCCUCACCGCCUUCUUCUCGCAGUGCUCGGGCAACGGGCUCGUGUCGUACUACAUCCACGACAUCCUCACCAGCGUCGGCGUGCGCGACGCCGGCGACCAGUCCGUCAUCAACGGCGGCCUGCAGGUCUGGUCCUUCCUCGUCGCCGUCGGCUUCUCCGUGCUGCUGGUCGACCGCCUCGGCCGCCGCACGCUGUUCAUGACCGCAGCCGUGGGCAUGCUGGUGACGUUUUCCGUCUGGACCGCCUGCUCCGCCGUCUACGCCGAAACGUCCGGCACCAACACCUCGGCCGGCCGCGCCGUCAUCGCCAUGAUCUUCCUCUUCUACACCGCCGCCGGCUUCGCCUGGCCCGGCCUCACCGUCGCCUACUGCGCCGAGAUCCUGCCCUUCCCCAUCCGCGCCCGGGGCCUCGCCCUCGCCAUGGCCGCCACCGCCGCCUCGUCCGUCUUGAAUCAGUACGUCAACCCCGUCGGCCUCGCCGCCUGGCGCUGGCGCUUCUACCUCGUUUAUGUUGUUGUCCUGUUGUUUGAGUGCGUCGCCGUGUGGGGCUUGUAUGUCGAGACGGGGGGGUCGAGGACGCUGGAGGGGGUGGCGGGGUUGUUUGAUGGGGUGGAGGCGGGGGGUAAGGGGGCGGGGAAGCGGGAGGAGCGGGAGGGGAAGCGGGAGGAGGGGAAAGAGGGGAGGGGUGGGGUGGAGCAUGUGGAGGAGGCGGUGGAGGGGAAGGUGGAGGGGGGACAGUAA